GGAAAUGCGUUUCGGCUUCCGGAAAUUUGCAGCAGCUCCUCUUUCCGGCGCUUGGCGCUCAUGAUUAGGUGGUGAGAAGUAAAGCCGUUUUCCGACUGUUUCUGCGCAUCCCUUCGCGUUUUGGAGGAGCCGCCUUUCUCUUGAGCGGGUAAGACAGUCGUGUCCUGAAGCCUUGAGAGUUGAGUCACCUAAACCGCCUCGUUUCUCCGCGCGCGAUAAAAACGGGCCUAGGCUUUCGCUGCGCCGGUGACACUUGACUUGGGAACAACAGUAACUGACUGAGUAAGUAACGUUUUUUCAAGCCGCAGCAGCGCAGUGCCAGUGGUGGACACUUUUGAAGGAGCAAAGAAAGCCGCUUUGAAACGCGCGCGCUCCGUCCGAGAGGAACAGCACAGCACAGCAGCAGCAUCAGUCCGAAGCGAAGCGAAGGUGGCGACGGUCGGAGGCUCGAGCUCGUGGUGGUUUACCUGACCGGCGGCGGCGGCGUCCUCAGUCCCUCGCUCGUUUGGCUGCACCCGGCUGCACCCUGCUGCACAGCACAGUCAAUGAGUCAUGAAUGAAUCAUCAUGUGUGUUACAUCACAUGUCAACAUGAUCAUGGAUCGUCGUGUAUCUCUGCUACAUGUAGCCACGACUUGCGCCGGUUUAGGAGCGACUCACUGGUCAAAAAGUAGCGCUGCGUCGACCUUGUCAAUGACGUCAUGGGUUCCUAACGUUCUCCCACUUGGCCCGUGACGUUUCUAGAUGUUUCCAGGUGGUUCUUCAGCGUGAACCUGGGGAAAGCUGUCCAAGAAUGAACUUUAAGAGGGUUUCUGUGAUCUGGAACACGUGACGUGGUGGCUUCGCUGAUCGGAUCCCCGCCGGCAGACAGCUGAUUAUUCGGUGUAAUUCUGGUUUUCGCUCUAGGUUACGGCUACACUACACCCUCCCAAGAACGUGGAGAUCGAGCCCCUGUAAACUGUUUAGAUUCCCUAUCUAGGUCACACUGCAUGCUGCCUCGGCACACCUACACCUGCAUGCCGUUGCGUUUUCUGUUGUCAGUCACUCCUGUUUCCAUGUUAACUUGAGGAAAGACGUCUGUUUGUCAGGAUACUCAUGUCUUCACUGGUAACGAUAUCACUGUUCCUACAGAGAAACGGUUCGUUCUCCAACAUGUCUCACAAUUAUCUGCAUAGAGGCGCUCCAGAAGACUUUAAGCCUCAUCCUGCCUCUUCUCGUUCUUCUGACCAUCUUCAUGCGGGGCUGCGUGAUAUUUACAAAACUGCCCGAGAGAUGUCUGCCAACUCGCUGCCUACUUUCGCCGCUUCGAAAACCUUGCUGGAGUCUUACCCCUCGCAGGGGUCUUCGACCACGGAAAAGGCGCUGAGUCUUCUAGCCAGCUGCGGCCUUGAUCCCGAGGACCUGUCUCAGCUUGCCGGCAUGCCGGAUAACCUCAUCACCAUGGAGACGCUUCCUCGGCUCCUCAUGGAGAUAAAGGAUAAAAAGGCGGGGAAGGACCGCCCGUCGGGCUGCGCUACUUCCGCAUCUCACCCGGCCGACUUGCCUCCGUCAGGUACGUGGCGAGAUGGGACCCAUUUUCACUCUGAAGCACACCUCCCAUGUCAACCCUCAGAGAAGACUCCUGACAGCUGGAAUGAGGACUGGCAGGACCACUGGGGGAACCCCCAGCCUAUCUCCUCCGUAUCACAGGAACGCUCUCUCUCCACUUCCAGCUACGUGGUGGACUACAACUAUGGCCGAGUCGGAGAACAGGGAUCCCGGAGUUAUCAGAGUCCUGGCCGCAGUGAAAGGGCGAAAUACAGUAGAGAGCGCUCUGCUGAGUAUCAGGGCAGGGACCCCAGAGGCAGAGUAGGAAACAGCCGCGAGCGAUCGGCUGAGUACGAAUGGGCCGACAGCAGAGGAAGAGUAGGAAGUAGCCGUGAGAGAUCGGAUGAGUACCGGUGGGAUGACAGCAGAGAAAGAACAGGAAGUAGUCGCGAGCGUUCAGAUGAGUUCCGCUGGGAAGGCAGUAGAGGGAGGGGAGGAAGCAGCCGUGAGCGAACGGAUGACUACCCGAGUGUAGAUAGUAGGGCGAGAGAUUAUUCGGCUGAGUACCGUCGGGUGGACAGCAGAGGAAGAGUAGGAAGCAGCAGUGACCCUGUCGAUGAUUACCAGUGGGAUGACGACAGACCAAGAACGGGAAACGGUAGAGAGCGAUCGGAUGAGUAUCGCUGGAACGAUGGCAGAGCAAGAACAGGGAACAGUAGAGAGCGAUCGGACGAGCACUGGUGGGGUGACAGCAGAGACAGAGUGGGAAGCAGCAGGGAGCCCUGGCGCGAGUACCAGGGGAUCAACAAAGGCUUGAGGUCUGAAAGUGGGCGAGAUGCUUCCGGCGACCGGUGGAGCAGCACAACAGCCGGAAGCCGCCAAGACUUCUCCUCUGAUUACCGGAGGGUUGACCGAGGUCGGGAUGCGCCGCCCGUCACGUCGAAGAAGGCCUCUGCCCAUGUUAAGCAUCCCUCCAAACAGGAGUCGGACGAUUUCCACGGAGCGAUGCCCCAAUCGUUUCCUUACGCAUGCUCUCUCUGCGAUAUCGUCGUGCUCUCACAAAGGGAUUGGACUUUACACAUAAAUGGGUCUCAACAUGCAGAAAGCCAACUCGCAAUACUGCAGAUGUACCCGGACUGGGAUUGUCGCAGUGACUCCCCUACCGGGGGCAGAUGGCCACCAGAACAAAAAAGGCAGGAGGAGAAGCCUGCAAGCACUCAUUACCCAGGAUCUGGACCCAGCAGUGGCGAGAGACACCAUUCCAUGAAAGAGGAGCAGAGAAGCCGAAUAAUCUCUGUGAAAUUUGCUGCCGACACAGUGAAUAAGGCCUACUUGAUGGACUUAGUGAAACCAUUUGGGAUGCCACUGAAUGUUGCAGUGUUUUCCACGAAAGCUUUCCUGGAGAUGGGUUCUUGCCACCAAGCAGAAGACAUUGUAAAGUUCUACAGAGAGAGCCCAGCUGUAGCAACAGGAAGUCCAGUCCUGUUUUCUCUGUCCAGCUCGUUCGCCUUUCCCCUGCAGACCUCGCGGGUCGUCUGCUUCUGCAGGCUUCCUCCCGGGAAAGAGAAGAACACGGAGCUGAUCGCCAUAGCGAAGCGCUUUGGACAAGUGAAACGCUCACUGUUCUUGCCCAAUCGGGUGUUUGUGGAGAUGGCAGAGCUUGAACAUGCCCAGAAGUUAGUGGAUUAUUAUACCAGCCAUCCUCUCAAGAUGAAGGGCAAAAAUGUCCUUGUUUCCUACUCUACGGAGUACACCACUCUGAAAAGGCCGAGUCCUGACGGAGAGGGGAGGACAAGCAGUUACAGCAGUCAGCCUUACAGGAGGAGGUCCAGCAGCCCAAGGAGGAGCUCUUCCAAUUCGAAGAGCGAGUCCAGAGAGAUGGAGUCCACCACAACUCAAACCAAGGAAGCAGGAAGUGUGGGAGAGCUUCCUCAGGCUGGAGGCAACACCCAGCCUGAACCCAAGGAAGAGUCUGCAGGAGAUUCCUCCAAAGAGACAACCGCUGAGCUUGAAGGUGGAAACAAGGAAGACUCAAAAGUGCCGGCCAAGGAGCAUGAUCCUAGCCCAAUGGGAACAUCAAAAGAGACAGCCAUUGUUGGCCAGGAUGUCACAGAUCAAGCUGGGCACGAAGAUGGGAAGCAGGAAGGAAACUUAAAACCUUUGGACUCAGACAGCGACAUCGAAGGCAUGGAGGUGAUUGGGGAGGACGAGGAGGACAGGGUCCCUGAUGAGGACCUGGCGAAGCAAGAUGUAUGUGACCGCCCAGAGAAGCUGGGCCCAAAACAGGAGCCUGCCGAGGUGUCGGAGGCUGGACUUCCGGAUGUUUCGGCAGGGAGAUCCUCUUCAGAGAAUGAUGGCAUGGCGGAGCAGGUUACACCAGAAGACCUGGGACAAGCUGAGCCUCGUGGGGUCCACUCUGAGGAGCUGAAGGAGGCGCCUGCUUCUGAAGAGGAAGAGCCGGACUUCCCGGAAAGCCUGGAGCAAUGCAUCACCCUCGACGAGGUUCUGGACGAAGACGAUGACAGAGAUGGACAUGGAAAUGCAGUCAAGUAUGAAGACAAAGGUGACGACAAGCGUCAGAAACUCAAAGAUGAUCCUGAGGAGCGCGGCAGCGGACGAGUACUUUACGUGGGAAACCUGCCGAAAGCCUACUAUACAGACGCCGAGUUUGUGAGGAUUGUUAAGGGCUUGGGGACAGUUAGGCGCUACUUCCUGAUCCGCAGUCGUCAAGAGGGCUUCAUCGAGAUGGACAGAGCUGAAGAGGCCCGAAGAGCGGAGAAGGAGCUGACGCUGAGGCCACCGCAGAUACACUGGUCCUUCCUGAUGGUGCACCUGUCGCGGAAGUACCAGCGGCUGACGUGUGGGUGGAGCCCUGAGCCGGACCCCUCAGAGGAGAGGACCAGGAGGAAGGAGCGCAGAGGAUCCAGCAGGAGCGAGGAGAAAGAGGGCAGUGGCUCACGCUCCAGGUCCAAGUCUACUCAGGAGGAGCCGCCCACCAAGAUGGCGCGAGUGCAGCAGGAGAAAGAGCCAUCGAAGGAGCGUCAGAGAGAGCGGGAGGGCAGCGCCGAAGGGUCUCGCGCCCCCAAGGAGGCUCCGCUGAAGGCCAAUGAGUCUGAGACUAAGAGCGGCCAGGAGCCUGGGGGUUCCUGCAUCCAAAGUGGUACUGAGGGGGAGUGUGGCACCGACGGUUCUAUGACGCAUUCUGGUGCCAAAGCUGGGGAGCAGGUCCUGAUGGAGGUGGAUGCACCGCACAGCCCUGUGGGCCGGGAAUUCGUACAGCCCGUGGUUGGCUACCUGUGCAGCCUGUGUGAUGCCAUCUUUGCCAGCGAAGAUGAAGCCAAAAACAAGCACUGCAGCAGCCUGUCGCACCGGCAGAGAGUGAGGGCUCGGCUCGAGGCCCACAGGAAGCCGGGAGAUUCUGAUGGCUCCGAACAAAAGAAAGCCUGAUGUGUUUCUUCCCAGCCGCACUGCUGACUGCAGAGCAGUGUGUAAUAAUCAUCAUUACAGCCGUAGUUUAAUUGUAUCCGCCUUUCUGUUGCUGUUAGACAUUGCUUUGCCGUAGCAGAGUAAACACUAGUGUAAUUUUAUUUUAUUUUUUUUUAGUUUCAGUGGCCUGUUUGAGCAUGUGCUUUGUUUUGUAUAACUGUCUGUAUUUCUUGAAUCCCCAAACUUUCAUGUAGAUAUGUAGGUCAACAUUGUUUUUCUCUGAAUAAAGCAGAAUUUUUGUAAGUGUCCACGUCUGACUUGGCCAGUGCAACGAUCUAAAAGUAAUAAUACCAUAGCAUUUGCAUGAAUAGUUGUCCUCUCACAUAUGAACCAGUUGGUUUAUAAUGAUGGAGCGUUCUGAUGCCAGACUCCACAUUUUUAUGCACUGCUGCAUCAAACAUUCAGUGUGUGAAAAGCAGAAACCGUUCUUACUAUGGUAAUUACCAAAGGAACUGGUAGUGUAGUGGUUAGAGCUCCUGACUUUGGACCCAAAGAGUCA